UUCGCCUCUGAACUCAGCUCGCGCCGCCGCCGCCGCCCCUCAGGUAAGGAGGAGGGAGAAGGAUGUCGCACAGGAAGUUCGAGCACCCGAGGCACGGUUCCCUCGGCUUCCUCCCGAGGAAGCGCUCCUCUCGCCACCGCGGCAAGGUGAAGUCCUUCCCCAAGGAUGACCCAUCAACGCCUUGCCACCUUACUGCCUUUGUUGGCUACAAGGCUGGAAUGACGCACAUUGUGCGUGAGGUUGAGAAGCCUGGCUCCAAGCUCCACAAGAAGGAAACCUGCGAGGCUGUUACCAUCAUUGAGACCCCACCUCUUGUCAUUGUUGGACUUGUGGCCUAUGUCAAGACCCCUCGUGGCCUUCGCUCUCUUAACUCUGUCUGGGCCCAGCACCUUAGCGAGGAGGUGCGAAGAAGGUUCUACAAGAACUGGUGCAAGAGCAAGAAGAAGGCUUUCACCAAGUAUGCACUCAAGUAUGACAGUGAUGCUGGCAAGAAAGAAAUCCAGAUGCAACUUGACAAGAUGAAGAAGUACGCCUCCAUUGUUCGUGUUAUUGCCCACACUCAGAUCAGGAAGAUGAAGGGCUUGAAGCAGAAGAAGGCCCACCUUAUGGAGAUCCAGAUCAACGGUGGCACUAUCGCUGACAAGGUGGACUAUGGCUACAAGUUUUUUGAGAAGGAGGUCCCUGUUGAUGCGGUUUUCCAGAAGGACGAGAUGAUUGACAUCAUUGGUGUCACCAAGGGUAAGGGUUACGAAGGUGUUGUCACUCGAUGGGGUGUCACCCGUCUUCCUCGCAAGACCCACAGGGGUCUCCGCAAGGUUGCCUGUAUUGGUGCCUGGCAUCCGGCUAGGGUGUCCUACACUGUUGCCCGUGCUGGUCAGAACGGAUACCACCACCGCACUGAGAUGAACAAGAAGGUUUACAAGAUUGGCAAGGCUGGUCAGGAGUCUCAUGCGGCCUGCACCGAGUUCGACAGGACCGAGAAGGACAUCACCCCUAUCGGCGGCUUCCCGCACUACGGUGUGGUGAAGGGCGACUACCUCAUGAUCAAGGGCUGCUGCGUCGGGCCGAAGAAGAGAGUGGUCACCCUCCGCCAGUCGCUGCUGAAGCAGACCUCGCGGCUGGCCCUGGAGGAGAUCAAGCUCAAGUUCAUCGACACCUCGUCCAAGUUCGGGCAUGGGCGCUUCCAGACCACAGAGGAGAAGCAGAGGUUCUUUGGCAAGCUCAAGGCCUAGGUCAUCAGAAUAUAAACUGCCGCGACGAACCUCACCUGAUAGCUUUCCCAGUUUCUGUUACUCUUGUCCUGAGUUGUGUCAGAUAUUUGAGUACCCAGUUUAUGCUUUGCUACUGCUCUGAAACUGCUGGUGCUGCGGAUGAUGAUCAAACUGUUGAGAUUUAUGAAUUUUGGACUCGAUAGUUCUGUGUUUUGCCCAUGCCUU